CUCUCUCUGUUCAUUUUCUCUCUUGUAGAGUUUUUCUCGUCGUGUACGUUGCUUUUGCACGGCGUAUUCUUCUGGAUUACGUCGUCCGUUUCUGAUAUUUUGAUUUCAUAAUGGGUUUCGUUAAAGUUGUUAAGAACAAACAGUAUUUCAAGCGUUACCAAGUUAAAUUCAAGAGGCGUCGUGAAGGUAAAACUGACUACUAUGCCCGUAAACGUUUAAUUGUUCAAGACAAGAAUAAAUAUGACACUCCUAAAUACCGUUUGAUUGUUCGUUUUUCAAACAAAGAUAUUACAUGUCAGGUUGCACACUCUCGUAUUGAAGGAGACAAAAUUGUAUGCGCCGCUUACAGUCAUGAAUUACCUCAUUUUGGUGUUAAAGUUGGUUUAACUAACUAUGCUGCUGCAUACUGCACUGGACUUUUGGUUGCUCGUCGAUUAUUGAAAAAACUUGGAUUGGACCGUUUGUAUGAAGGAUUAAAAGAAGCUAACGGUGAAGAAUACUAUGUUGAACCAGCUGAUGAAGGUCCAAAUGCUUUCCGUUGCAAUCUAGAUGUUGGUUUAAUGAAAACUAGCACUGGUGCUAGAGUUUUCGGAGCAAUGAAAGGAGCUGUUGAUGGAGGAUUUAACAUUCCCCACAGUGUAAAGAGGUUCCCUGGCUAUGAUGCUGAAGCUAAAGAAUACAGUGCAGAAAUUCAUCGUAAACACAUUUUGGGUUUGCACGUUGCUGAGUACAUGCGUAAAUUAGAAGAAGAGGAUGAAGAUGCAUACAACCGUCAGUUUUCUAAAUACAUUAAAUUAGGAAUUGUUGCUGAUGAUUUGGAAAAUAUGUAUAAGAAAGCCCAUGAAAAUAUCAGAAGUAACCCGAAACGAGAGAGGAAACCGAAGAAGGAUGUUUCAAAGGAACCUAAGAAACGCUGGAAUGCUAAGAAAUUAACGAAUGCUGAGCGCAAACAACGUGUUGUUGAAGCCAAAGCCGCGUACCUUAAAGAGUUACAAGGCGAAGAAAUGGAAUCAUAAACCGUUUUUAUGUGCUGAGUGUUUUAUUUCAAUAAAACUUAUACAUUUUAA